AUCUGCUUUCCCUGUGACCCUGCUGAGCACCCGAAGCAUGUUGUUUCUGCUGGAGGAGAAUCACCAGUGGCAGGUGCAGCCUCCUUUGGAUGCAGCUCGUGAGGCAGAAAUGCCUUCCAGGAGCAAUAUCCACUUGAAGGAGAAGCAGCCGAUCAGCAGUAUCAGCAAUGUCAUAACCUAUCGCCUGUGUCCUUGCGACAUCAAGCUGAUGCUUUAUGAUGAGGUGCUGAAGGUGGAGAGCACGUGGCACAUCCGCACAGAGUGCCCUGAGCUCCUGGUAGAGCUGGUGGAGUGGAUCCGGGGGCCCUGGGAGGAGAUGUUCUCUAUCGAGCUACGGAGGGCUGUGUAUGAGGGCCUGGAGUGAGCCUGCCCGCUGUAGGCAGGCGGGACUUGGAGUCAGAAGUGCUGCUGUGCUGGCAGUGGCGCACAAAUGUCUCCCCUCCCAUCUGACCUUGCUGUCCUGUGGCCUCUGCCUUCUAACGUACUCUUGCCCCUGGCCCUUUCUGGUGAGGAGGAGGUGAGCACAUGAUGGUCCAGACUUUAUACAGUCACUCACUGGCACUGGGCUGGCCAUGAAAGGAGGCGGUGGAGGGUGUUCCUUGUAACACUGCAUAAGCUACAGGGUUUUAACUUGGUGGUGUCUGCUAGUUUCCUUCAGGAUAGUACGAAAUGUGACUGAAGGAAGAAGGGAGCCGAGCCAGAGCAUGUUCGGUGGUACUCAGGCAACCAGCAGGCCAGAGGCAGUUGGACACUGCGGUCUCUCCAGCAGGUGUAUUUGCUGCCUUCCUAGCUGUCUUGGAACAGCUGCCGUUAUCUGCUGCUAAUAUUUUUGUCUUUUUCUUUCUCCCUCUUCCCUCUGAUCCACAGAUUCCCUAAAGCUGCCUGCUUCAAUCAGGAGCCUAGUUGCACAAAGGGAUAAGGCAUAUUGUACUGAUAACCCCACAGAGAGCCCAUACCUGCGUGGCAGGGCAUGGCUCAGUCUGCUGCUGUAGCCCUUCACUGUCACGGGGGAGGGAGGAGCCGUGCAGCUCUUAGCACAGAGUCGUGUUGCUCAUCGCUUAGGGGUCAGGACCCUUGUGGGCACUGGCAGGUAAAAGUGAGGCUUAGGCUUUUCUGAGCAGUCCAAAAGCAAGAGUCUAUUUUAACAUGAGUUUUACUUUUUUCUAUUGCAAUAAAAGCUUAUAU